UUAGUGGAGUCAUACUUUUUGAAAAGAGAAAAGAGGACAGUUUUGCUUCUUGUAGAUUAGCUGAAACAUAGUUGUACUAAUUUCAAGCAAUCACUGAUCAUUCUUGUUUGCAAAUUACUCUCAACAUUCAACAGAAAUGGAGAUUGGCUUAGCAGUUGGUAGUGCAUUUCUCUCUUCAGCUUUGAAUGCUCUCUUUGAUAGGCUUGCUCCUCACGGUGAUCUGCUCAACAUGUUUCAGAAGCAUAAGCAUCAUGUUCGGCUCUUAAAGAAGCUGAAAAUGACUUUGCGUGGUCUUCAGAUUGUGCUAAGUGAUGCAGAGAAUAAGCAAGCAUCAAAUCCAUCUGUGAGUGACUGGCUUAAUGAGCUUCGAGAUGCUGUCGACUCUGCUGAAAACUUAAUAGAAGAAGUCAAUUAUGAAGCUUUGAGACUUAAGGUGGAAGGUCAACAUCAGAAUUUUGCAGAAACAAGCAACCAGCAGGUAAGUGACCUCAAUCUGCGCUUGAGCGAUGAAUUUUUCCAUAACAUAAAGGACAAGUUGGAAGACACUAUUGAAACAUUAAAGGAUUUGCAAGAGCAAAUUGGUCUCCUUGGCUUAAAGGAGUAUUUUGGUUCCACGAAACAAGAAACUAGAAGACCUUCAACUUCUGUGGAUGAUGAAUCUGAUAUCUUUGGUAGGCAGAGCGAAAUAGAGGAUUUGAUUGACCGUUUAUUGUCUGAAGAUGCAAGUGGGAAAAAGCUGACAGUAAUUCCUAUUGUGGGAAUGGGUGGCCUGGGUAAGACAACACUUGCUAAAGCCGUUUACAAUGAUGAGAGGGUGAAGAACCACUUUGGUUUGAAAGCUUGGUAUUGUGUUUCUGAGGGAUAUGAUGCUUUGAGAAUAACGAAAGGGUUACUUCAAAAAAUUGGCAAAUUUGACUCAAAGGAUGUCCACAACAAUCUUAAUCAGCUUCAAGUCAAAUUGAAGGACAGCUUGAAGGGAAAGAAGUUCCUUACUGUUUUGGAUGAUGUGUGGAAUGACAACUACAACGAGUACAUCAGAAUUUUGCAGAAACAAGACAAGUUGGAAGACACUAUUGAAACAUUAAAGGAUUUGCAAGAGCAAAUUGGUCUCCUUGGCUUAAAGGAGUAUUUUGGUUCCACGAAACAAGAAACUAGAAGACCUUCAACUUCUGUGGAUGAUGAAUCUGAUAUCUUUGGUAGGCAGAGCGAAAUAGAGGAUUUGAUUGACCGUUUAUUGUCUGAAGAUGCAAGUGGGAAAAAGCUGACAGUAAUUCCUAUUGUGGGAAUGGGUGGCCUGGGUAAGACAACACUUGCUAAAGCCGUUUACAAUGAUGAGAGGGUGAAGAACCACUUUGGUUUGAAAGCUUGGUAUUGUGUUUCUGAGGGAUAUGAUGCUUUGAGAAUAACGAAAGGGUUACUUCAAAAAAUUGGCAAAUUUGACUCAAAGGAUGUCCACAACAAUCUUAAUCAGCUUCAAGUCAAAUUGAAGGACAGCUUGAAGGGAAAGAAGUUCCUUACUGUUUUGGAUGAUGUGUGGAAUGACAACUACAACGAGUGGGAUGACUUGAGAAAUAUAUUUGUGUACAAGGAGAUAUAG